UAUUUACAAUGUUAUUCUUUAUCACACAGAUUGCUCGCUGUUAUUAAACUUACAUUGCCUGUAGUAGGUUAAUUGUGUCAUCAGUGACUUUACACAAUGUCGGACGACGAGGACUUGGUCUAUGUCAAGAAACAGAAAACUGUUCACUAUGGAUCUCUGGAAGAAACUGAGCGUGCGAGACUGGCUGCCGCAGCGGAAUCCUCCGAGGAAGAGAAAGAUGCUACGAAUUUGGGAGACGGUGUCAAUGCUGUUAUCACUUUGGGAAAUGUCCAUAUAUCCAAUGAAUAUAUGGAACUUGAGGAUGAGAUGUCUAAGGAUAGACAAGCUCUCCUAGAAGAAUUCGAGCGUAGGAAAAAAGCUCGUCAAAUAAAUGUAUCUACCGAUGAUUCUGAAGUGAAAAAGAAUUUGAGACAAUUAGGAGAACCUAUAUGUCUGUUCGGCGAAGGCCCGGCGGACAGAAGAACAAGAUUAAGAGAAUUGUUGGCUAGUCUUGGCGAGGAUGCUAUCAAAAAGAAGCACGAAGAAGAAGAGAAACCUUCGCAUGCCAUUGAAAGGGACACAGAAACCACUUGGUACCACGAAGGACCAGAAUCUCUUCAAAUAGCACGUUCUUGGAUAUCAUCAUAUUCAUUACCUAGAGCAAAGGCUAGACUGGACAAAGCGAGACAGGAUUUAGAGCUGCCAACAGCUACACGCACCGCACGUCGUCAGGAACUUCUAAAGAAGUUGCAGGCACUGACAAUCUACUGCUCUCAAAUUGGUGACACCAGACCGAUCUCUUUCUGUCAAUUUAGCCCGAACUCCAAGCUGUUUGCCACAGCCUCGUGGUCAGGCUUGUGUAAAAUAUGGUCUGUACCUGAUUGUACACUGUUGCGAACCCUUAAAGGGCAUACUUGUAAUGUUGGCUGCAUUGUUUUUCAUCCAAAAGCUACCAUUACCGAAGAGGUGGUAGGAGACAAAUCAGGGCAGACCUGUGUACUGGCAUCCUGUGCUUCAGAUGGAACAGUAAAAUUGUGGAGCGGAGGAUCAGGCGAAGAGCCAUUAGCUGAAGUUGAGGGGCACGAGCCACACAGAGUAUCGAGGCUUGCGUUUCACCCUUCUGGGCGAUUUUUGGGCACGUGUUGUUACGAUGCGUCUUGGAGACUUUGGGACUUGGAACAACAGGCUGAGGUGUUACAUCAGGAAGGUCAUGCACGAGCAGUACAUUGUAUUAGCUUUCAGUGUGAUGGUAGUGUGAGUGCCACAGGUGGUCACGACUCCUUUGGUAGGGUAUGGGAUCUUCGUACAGGAAGGUGUAUCAUGUUUAUGGAAGGACACUUGAAGUCGAUUUUCGGUAUCGACUUUUCCCCGAAUGGGUUCCACAUAGCCACAGCAAGCGAAGACAAUACGUGCAAAAUAUGGGACCUGCGAAAGAGAUCUUGUAUAUAUACGAUACCAGCUCACACUAACUUAUUAUCGGACGUGAAAUAUCAGAGAUUGGAAGGGCAAUAUCUGGUCACAGCAUCAUACGAUAGCACAGCUAAAAUAUGGUCGAAUAAAACCUGGCAACCUCUAAAAACGCUACCUGGUCACGACGGUAAAGUUAUGUCUGUUGACAUUUCGCCUGACCACAAAUUUAUCGGGACAAGUUCCUACGACAGAACAUUCAAGUUGUGGGCACCCGAAAAUAUGUAAAAAGACUAUCGACUAGAAUGUAAUUAUUCCGAGCCUACCUUAAUAAUGUCAUUCUUAUGUAAGAAAUAAAUCAAUUUUUACUAUACGACAAAUGAAUAAAUAGACAAUCUUUAUUUUUACUAA